CGUUAGUUUUGCAACUAACAGCACUUGAAAAUUUAUUACUAAUUCCUUGAUUGAUUCAACAGCACAAAAUCACUUGUUGGUCACCAAAAGUGAUAACGAAAGGACAAUAAGUUUUUAAAAGUGCAUACAACAAUAACCGAGAGGAACGGAGUGGACUCCUCAAUGAUGAAGGCCGCCGUUCAUAAAGAGAACCGAACAAAGCAGAAACGACAAGCAAGGGAACAUUACGAAAAUUAAGUUGGUUCUGAACUCGAAACGAGUUAAAGAUUUUGCGUAAAGAGGAUUAGACGCAAACAGGGAUCGCUUCAAACAAAGGACGAUCAACACGAAAUGGAUGCCCCAGACGAAAGCGUACCGCAUUCAGCCGCCCUCGGACGGGAAUUUUGGCCGGAACUCAAACUGACCUCCCUCCCGGAACCGGAACACGUGGAUGUCAAGAUUGAACUGCUUGAACCUCAGCUUGAACUAACGGAAGCAAAAUCACACGAUGAUGAUGAUGAUGAUCGGAAACACCAGGUCAGUUCCGAUAAAACUCGCUGUCAGUUUUGUCUGCAAUUGCUUAGCAAACUUAGCGAUGAAGGUCCGGCAGUUAUCAGUCGGGAAAAGGUCGAAUUUGUGCUGGGCUCUAAGAAGUGGGUGGCCUCUUCGAAAGACUUGGAUUGUUGUCCGCGUUGCAAGCAGAUGUUCGAAAUGUUCCAUGAGUUCAAAAUGUCCUGUUUGGCGGCGUUGGCUCAAUCGUGGAAUCUGCUGACUGAGAAGAAGGUUGCGAGAGAGGACGAACCUGUGUGUGGGGCACAUGAUGGGGCAUCGAUGAAAAGAAAGCGUGGACGUCCAAGAAAAAAAUCAGGGAUCCAAAAGAAAUCGAAGCGUGUUUGUGUGACUGCGAAGAGUGUUUCGAAUGUGGUGGGAGAUGAUGAACCUGCAUCCGGGAUACCGUUCAAAAGAAAACGUGGACGGCCAAGAAAAAAUCCUGAGCUUCAGGUGAAAACGGAGGUUGGUCAACGUGAGAAACACCUGUGCAGCAUUUGUGCCGCCGUGUACGGUAGUCAAUCGGCCUUGCGAUUGCACAUGACACGACACGGAGAGCCGAAGUUCUUAUGCAACGUGUGCGGGAGAGGUUUCUACCGAAAAGAUAAGCUGAUCAAGCAUAUCGCGGUCCAUUCCGAUGCCCGGAACUUCGAGUGCAAAAUUUGUGAAAACGCUUCAAAUCACAAGAAGCCAACCGAUUGCACCAGCGGGUUCACAACGAGAAGCGACCGUACGUUUGCCACAUAUGCAACCAGACAUUCAGAUAUAACUGCGGUCUCAAGGCGCACCUGGAGAAGGGGCACGAUGAUCCGGGAGAUCUUAGACGUCCAAGGUAGAAUCUUUAAAAUAUGGUUUUUUAAUGUGGUGUAAGUUGUCAUUUGUUGUAACGAUCGUUUUGAAGAAGCCUUUUGUAUUUGAUUAUUUUUCUGUGUGCUUAUGUACACCUGCGUAGAUACUUGAUCUUGGAGUAGCGUAAGGAAAGAUGUUUCUGCAUUCUAAAUCAGAAUGCUUGAACAGCAAAAAAGCAGCCAAAAUACACCAAAUACUCUAUAACACUGACAAUUCGUCGUCCUUUCAUCGUUUGCCCUUCAGUGUUCUGAUGGUAACUGGAUCGUCCCGCAGGACUUCGUAGCUGGGACACACGCAAAGAACAUGGCUGCUAUGUGGCACACUUCACACUCCUUGUAGAUCGGUCCACAUCCUAUGUUGUGUGAUAGAAGUGUCGCAAUCGGGAGAUUACUCUCUGGUCUUUGUGCGUUGGCAAUUAGUCCAUGGUUCAACCGUGUAUUUUAUCUUUCGCAGGAAAGCUGUUUCACAGCCCGAAUAGAAAUUGUAAUGUAGAAAACAUCAGCAUACAUCUAUAAAACCUUAACAUUUGAUGUAUGUCGUUGUUCUCCUAAUGUACUUAGACUUCAAUGUAACAUUUAAGCACCGACGAACCGACGUGACAGCUAGAACAAAUAAAUUCAAAUUUGUUGUCCCCGACGCCAUGAUGAAAAAUAGCCGAACACUACCGCCUCCUCUAUACCGGUUCGCGUUGUUUUGAUAGCUUAACUCCAAACCCCCGUGUAUUCAUAUAGGAAAAGGUUCGCGCCUGUGCUGAUUUGACAGAAGCGUUCGCUCGCUUUGCUGGUCGACCGUUAAAUUUAGGGGGGACACUUUUGAAACACCACUGUCACGUCGGUUCGUCGGUGAUUUAAGUACACAGUAAUACAUAAGAUUUACAUGUAACAUUGAAAUCAAAGUUCAUUGUGAUGUUGAAUUUAACAUCAAAUAACAUC